AUGGGCAUUCAAGGGUUGCUGCAGUUCAUAAAGGACGCGUCCGAGCCCAUCAAUGUGAAGAAAUACAAAGGCCAGACCGUGGCCGUGGACACGUACUGCUGGCUUCAUAAAGGCGCCUUUUCCUGUGCUGAGAAACUGGCAAAAGGAGAGCCUACCGAUCAAUAUGUGUCGUACUGCAUGAAGUUUGUGGAUAUGCUGUUGUCAUUCGGUGUAAAGCCCAUCUUGGUGUUUGAUGGCUGCAACCUUCCGUCCAAACAGGAGGUAGAGAAGGCACGUCGAGAGCGUCGGCAGGCAAACCUGCAGAAAGGCAAACAGCUCUUGCGCGAAGGGAAGAUCUCAGAGGCAAGAGACUGUUUCACUCGCUGUGUGAAUGUCACGCCAGCUAUGGCACAUGAAGUUAUUAAGGCCGCCCGCCUCAGAGGAGUUGACUGUGUGGUGGCCCCAUAUGAAGCUGAUGCCCAGUUGGCAUUCCUGAAUAAGACAGGCAUGGCUCAGGCUGUGAUCACUGAGGACUCUGACCUGUUGGCAUUUGGCUGCAAAAAGGUGAUAUUAAAGAUGGACAGACAAGGGAAUGGGCUGGAGAUCGACCAGAACAACCUGGGGCGCUGCCGUUCUCUGGGAGAUGUUUUCACAGAGGAGAAGUUCAGGUACAUGUGCAUCCUGUCAGGCUGUGACUAUCUGCCGUCGCUCUACGGAAUCGGUCUGGGCAAAGCCUGCAAGCUGCUCCGCGUGGCCAACAACCCAGACAUACUGAAGGUGAUCAGAAAGAUUGGCCAGUAUCUGAAGAUGAACAUCAGUGUGCCAGAGGAAUACAUCAACGGUUUUGUCAAGGCCAACAACACAUUCCUGUACCAGCUUGUCUUUGAUCCAAUAAACCGAAAGGUGGUCCCUUUGAAUCCCUAUCCAGACGACAUUGACCCAGCAACCCUCAGCUAUGCUGGUGUUCAUGUAGGAGACAGCAAAGGACUGCAGAUGGCUCUGGGAAACCUGGACAUCCAUACAAUGGAGAGAAUUGAUGACUUUAACCCAGAUGCCCCUCAGACACGGCCUGUUAAGGCAGGCCGUAGUCGUAGCUGGAAUGAGGCCCAGGAGAAAAGUGCCUGUCCGCAGGGAAGCAUCUGGAGCCGUGGAUACGUACCUGGUCAGACCCAGGUCACCCAGAGCUCCUCCUCCCCCCAGAGAGCUCAGCCCAGCCAAAGGAAAGAGAUGGUAAUUGGCCUAAAGGGUCUUAAACUGCCCCACAAAGAACCACAGGUCAAAAGACCCAGAGAAGACCCUAGUGUUUCAGAAGAGGACGUGCUUCAGCAGUACUCGUCUGUUGUCCCUAAACGUCAGCGUGCCGAAACCCCUCACCCAUCCCAACCCCGUGUCGCCAUGGCUGCAGUCAAUGGCCGUCCAAGACCGCGGAACUGUUUUGCCACUUUAUUGCAGUGGAGGAACCAGACUGAGGAUGAGGAUGGAGAUGGGGAACAGGGCACUCGAAGCAGGUUUUUCUGCAGUAGUGAAGACAUACUGAAGCAGGACUCCUCAGUAAAGAAGGUAUCAAGCAGCCCCCCCACUUCCAGCAAUGAUCUGUGUUCCGUAAAGUUGGACUCAGACCCAGAGAGAGAGGAAACCAAAUCCACUACACCUACUGCCCCACCAUCUGUCACUACCUCUCCAUGCCCAGCCAAUCAAGGUUUGGGUGUGUUCAGCUGGUCUGACAGUUCUAAGCUCAUCUCCUCCAAACAGCCAUUACCAGAAAGCUCCAGAAGCCCCAAAAUCCCCUCUGGCCUCUCUGCUUUGCAGCAGUUCCAAAGAAAGAAGGAGACAUUGUGCUGGUCGUCGUCCAAUCAGAAGAGGCCACAGAUACUUAGUUCUGAUCCUUCACAGGAGGGCGGGGCAGAGGAUGGAGGCUUACUCCCUGAUACCCCUUCCUCUCAGGACAGUGCCUACUUCUCCCAGUCAAACAGUGCCCCCAGUGGACUGGAAGAUAUACCACCAUCCUGCACACAGCUCACAGGGAGCUCACCUCAACCGGCUGCAGAUACAGAGGGAGAACUGGACAAUAGUGUUAGCCCCACAAGUUCCCCUGAGGCAGAUGCAGUCAAAUCUACACCCAUGAGAACAAAGGUGUCGGGUCUGUCCAGGGCAUGUCCUGGUGAUCAGAAUAAGGGUGGUAGGAUAAAGCCUUCUGCUCCAGCCCGGGCCAGUGGACUUCGAAAAAAGCCCCCAGGAAGUGGAAAAAACCUGCUGUCCAACAAUGAGAAUAACCCAGGACUGCAGGCAACCAUUAGCGGCCUCUGGAAGAACUUUGGCUUCAAGAAGGAACAUUCAAAAGUAAAUCCUCAAAAGAAAGGCGAGCCCAUGUCUCCAGUGAUGGACAACAUGCAAACAAACGUUCCUGAGCCGGAUCAGGAUGUGCUGCUGGUCUCUGGCUGA